CCCUCUUGGCGCUGCAUUCCGCACCGCGCCAGCCCGCGCCAUGGGCUGUUUCUUUGGGGCUGCGGCGCUGCGGGCGUUGUUGUGCGGGCCACGCAUUCCAGGCCUGCUGGUGCGCCCCAGUUCCGGAGGGCCUUCCUGGCCCCAGGAGCGGACCCUGGUUGCUGUGAAGCCAGAUGGGGUGCAGCGGAGGCUAGUGGGGACUGUGAUACAGCGCUUUGAGAGGCGAGGCUUCAAGCUAGUGGGGAUGAAGAUGUUGCAGGCACCAGAGAGCAUCCUUGCUGAGCACUACCGGGACCUACAGAGGAAGCCAUUCUACCCAUCCCUUAUCAGCUACAUGAGCUCUGGGCCUGUGGUGGCCAUGGUCUGGGAAGGGCACAAUGUGGUCCACAUCUCAAGGACCAUGAUAGGACACACUGACUCAACCCAGGCAGCCCCUGGGACAAUCAGGGGAGACUUCAGUGUUCACAUCAGCAGGCUUUACCUCUCCCUCUCACAGGAAUGUCAUCCAUGCUAGCGAUUCUGUGGAGGGGGCCCAGAGAGAGAUCCAGCUGUGGUUUCAGAGCAGUGAACUGUUGACCUGGGCAGACGGUGGUCACCACAGCAGCUGCUACCCAGCCUGAGGGUUUGAACUGCCCUCUGCACUUCAGGGUUCAUCCAUGACCAACUACCUCUGCCAACAAGAACUCCAGCCCAUACCCUUCCCGUCUCCCAAACACUCCCUGUUUACCUUUUGUCUACCCCCAGCCCAGGGAGUCUAAACCUCAACUGUAUGUGCCUUGUUCUGUCCGAAACCAGCACAAUAUUGGACCAUAUCCUUCUGUACCAAAGUGCCAGACAACCUUGGGGACAUUGUCACAGGUGGUUUCGCCUGCCCCAAAGGAGAAACAUUAAAAUCUUCUGCUUCAAA